UCUGUAAAGUGGGUGAGAGACUGAGAGUUCCCGGUCUGGAUUGGGGGGAAUACAGGACCUUGCUAAGAACAUCCCCCACUCGGUCUUUCUGCAAACCUUUCCUUCUCUAGUGCUGCCCUCGCUGGGUUUUAAACAGCAGGGAGGUCUCCUCGGGAAGCAGGUCACUGUCAUCACCCCCAUUUUAUAAAUGGUGAAGCUGAUAAUCUGCGGUAACAGUUGACAAGCCAGGAACAGUUGACAAACAGAGGCUCCUGCUCUAACCACUAGGCUACAUUCCCUCCCAAAGCUGGGACUAGAAUCCAGGAGUUCUGGCUCCUGAUUUGACACUGGACCACUUCACCGCACUCCCUCUCUAAUUCAUCUUGCCCAGUAUUUUUUUAGUUGGAAUUAAAGCUGCAUCACUAAUAGUCUCUGAUUCUCUCCCUAACACAGACAUGUACAUUCCAGUUGCCUGUUAAUUUUCAUAUCACUUCCCCAAGGGUCCCUAACAGUAAAAUGCACUGUGUCAUCAUCAUUAAGUGUUUUUUAAAUUAAUACUAUUAAAAUAAAAUUCCCCACUCAAACCAAAAAGGCCCCUAGCCCUACUUGGGACAAGGCUAGGAAAACCGAUGGGCCUGGCUUUCUCUGAUGGGCAUCAUGAGUUUCUUGGAUCACUGUAACUCAAGAGUGAAGCUUGAGUGGUUUGUAGCAUCUCUUAAGACAUGGGAGGUUUCUCUUCAAUUUUGGGAGCAGCUGAGCUUAUCCUGGAGCAAUAGAUUUCAGUCUCUGUACUGCGGUUGUUGUCAAUUCCUCUUUGGCUUCUCCCCAUUGAUUACUCUGUGGGCUCCUGGGUACACCAAUGUUUGUACUCCUGUGUAAAUGACCUGAACCGGGGACAGUUAAUGGUGGUUCUGUGCAGGCUGAAGAACACUUUGGCAGUGCCCCUCUCUGUCAUGCGUAGUUAUUUUUGGUUGACUGAACUGUGAUACUGUCAGCAUAUGUCACUUUUAGCUGACCUUGGUUCAGUAUGGAGGAGGGCUGUCGUGGCUUGUUUUCUCUACAUGGCUGAUGUUUAUAUGUCCUUUACCACACUUGUUGCUCUUGAGCCACCAAUUUUGUGGUAUUCACCGAUUGAAAAAAAGGUGGUGAUUUUAUCACCGCAAACCUGAGGUGAACUUGUAUUUGUAUAUGAAGGCACCUGGAUGCUAUGGUGACUGCUGAUCUUAUUAGAGACAGUUGCUUGCUUCAUGAAGUUCUCCAUGUCAUUCCUAUGGUACUAAUGUUACUGCAAGGGAUGAAAAUGGACUACGGCAAAUUAACCCCCCUCCCAUGAGAAAUCAAGGAGAGGAAAUGAGCAGGGGGGAGAAAAAUCCCUUUCAGACAACUAACUGCUAACGCUCAAGAGGCCUGCUUACCUUAGGGAGACGUGUCAUUUUAAAUGCCUUUUUUGGCUUCUCUUUGGAUCUUGGCAUCUUCUAGUUGCUGACCUCUGUCAGCAUGCGACUUUGUUGUUUCGCUGGUGAUUGUUAAAACAUCUUUGGCAUGUUUGAAUAUGAGGAGCUUAAAGGGACACCAUCGGCUGAAAGAUAGUCAACUUCAAAAACCUGAGUUAGCUGUAUUUCCAAGUAUACGCCUACCCCUGAGCACCCCCCAGCCAAUCCCUAUGGGUUUCUAAUCACAUUUUACUAUAUUUAAAUACCCCUCUCUCUGUUGUUGUGUGAGAGAUUCCCCCACCCCACCCGCAACUAACCAGUGGAACUGACUGUAUACAAAAUCCUGUCAAAUGUACAAAGUUGACAAAACAGUGUGGGGGAAUUUAUUCUCCUCUGUGUCCAUUACUAGAGGAUUCUCUUCCAUCUGGCCUUGAGGAUGCUUGAGACCCAUGAAACUGCCAAAGCUGGGAUUAAAACUGCUUUUUGAGGAAGGCUGCAUGGUUACCUCUAUUCAAGGUCCAGAAGUAUUGAGUUCAGAAGGACAACAUCCCACUUGAUAUUCACCUCAGCUGUAAGAGUGGCAGAAUUCCUUGGCCUUAGGGGCCUGUCUUAAAAUCACUGCAUGCCCCAAAAAGGGCCAUGUUAACUACUCUUCUGAUAAAGUGAGAAAAUCUGUGUACAUCAAGGUGAAAUAAUAUGAAGCUGCCUUAUGUUUCUUGGCGUUACAAUUUUCGUCUCUGAUUUAAUUGUUCAUCCAGUUUGGGAACCUUCUCUACAGCCUGAGAUGGAAACAGAGUCAACUAUCCCAAUUUGGCAGAACAAACCCCAUGGCUCAUCACGCAGUGUUGUCAGGAGGAUUGGGACAAACCUUCCUUUAAAACCCUGUCCUAGGGCGUCCUUUGAGGUUCUACCAAACAUUUCAGAUCUGUAUCUAAAUGAUGCACCUCCAGUCCCCACUCUGGCAGAUAUUGCAUGGAUAGCGGCAGAUGAAGAAGAAACAUAUGCUAGAGUCAGGAGUGACACACGCCCAUUGAAGCACAAGUGGAAGCCCAGCCCGUUCUUUGUGAUACAGCGAAACGCUUCAGUCCCCAACUUGAGAAAGCAGGAAGAGAAGCUGCUGGUCUUGAAGAAACCUGGUUUACCGGCCCUCAGUCGGACGACAGAGCUUCAAGAUGAGCUGAGUCUCCUGCGGAGUCAAAUAGCUAAAAUUGUAGCUGCAGAUCCAGCUUCCGCUUCAUUAACGCCAGAUUUAUUAUCUCCAGGAAGUUCAAAUUUAUCUUCUCCCUUACCUUGUUUUGGAUCCUCAUUCCAAUCUACAACUUCCUUUGUCAUUAGUGAUAUCACAGAGGAGGCAGAAUUAGAAAUUCCGGAGCUUCCAUCAGUUUCCAUGCUUUGUUCUGCAACCUCUGAAUGUUGUAAACCAGAACCAAAGGAUGUUGACGAGGAAGAUUCUGUGUCUCUUUCGAAGGCCAGCAGUUUUGCAGACAUGAUGGGCAUACUUAAAGACAUUCAUAGGAUGAAACAGAACAAAGAUUUGAACCGAACUUUAUUGAAGGAGGAAGACCCGGCUGUUCUAAUAUCAGAAGUGUUAAGAAGAAAAUUUGCUCUAAAGGAUGAAGAUGUAACCAUGAAAGAAAACUGACUUUACACUUUCAUUUAAAUCUGUAAGCAAGUGUAUCGUACUCCUGAGAUUUUUCUCCACAGUAGCUGCCUUCCUAAGGAUCAAACUUUUUUGCCUCUUUACUAAUUAGAAAUUAUUUCUGCACUGGAAACUCAUUCAAGAAAGCAACUGUGGAUUUGCAGCGUUUUCCAUGUCUCUAAAAUAUAUAAAAACUUUUUAA